AUGGCAGGAGGAAAUCUGCAACAGGCUUUGAGCCUCUUCUUCGAGAUGGGUGGGAGCUCAUCUCCGGCCCUUGGGCCCGUCCCGGCUCCAGCAGCUCCAUCAGGUGCACCGGCGAGUCAGCCGAUCAUCGAUGCUGAUGUAGCUGCUGAAGUAGCGGCAGCUGCAGCAGCAGCUGGCAUCGAUACAGGCCCUUUGGAAGACGCCCAGAUGGCUGGUGAGGAGGAAGUGCGGGCACCACUGCCGUCUUAUCAGGAUCAGAUCAUCAAUCCCGAGCACGAGCAUCGGCGGAUGCAGGAGCAGAUGGCUGCAGAUUCAGCUGCUAUGUUUCGGCGGAUGUCCUUCGAUAGGGGUGGCGAUCCAGCCGGAGUUGGUGCUGGUGCUGGUGCUGGUGAAGAGCAGGAUGACGAACAGAUGGGAGAGGGCAAGGCCAUCAACAAGCUCUUCGCUCCCCCAGAAUACAAUGAGGCGAGCAGCUACUAUGAAACCAUUGAGAAGGCUAAAGCAGAAGGCAAAUGGGUGCUGGUCAACAUUCAGCAGGCGGAGGUAUUUGCAUCUCACACCCUGAACCGGGAUGUAUGGAGUGAUGACACCAUCAAAGACAUAAUCACCGGCUCUUUCCUCUUUUGGCAACGAGAUGACAAAUCAGCUGAGGGUGACCAGUUUUGCCAUUACCACCAAUGCGGGCACCAACUUCCGCACAUUUGUGUCAUCGACCCUCGCACCGGACGUCGUGUCAAGAACUGGGAUGGUCGCAAGUGGGUUGAGUCCCACGCAGCCGCGGAGUACCUCUUUGGGUUCUUGGACCAGUUUUCCAUGUCAAGGUCUCCACCUUCUAUGUCGCCGGUUGCGAGCCCCACAAUGCAUCCGAAGGCUUCACCUGAUUCCCAGAUACAGCUUCAUGGCUUGGAUGAUAUGGAGGUGGAGGGAGCCACCAACGAGGAGCCAGAGCCUGUACCAGCAAUGCCAGAAGAGCCAGCCGAGAGUGCCGAAGCUGUCAAGGUUUCUCUCCGUCUACCUUCCGGUCAGCGAGUCACUCGACGGUUUAGGCCUGAUGAUCAGCUGGAACAGAUAUUCGUGGUCGCAGCUGCUUUGACAGAGAAGCCGACCGAGAAGGUUGACUUGGCCACGCAGUUUCCUACGCGAUCUCUCCGAGAAGUUGAGGGCGGCCUCUCCAUACUGAUAAGAGAUGCGAAGGUGGCUGGAAAUCUCCUCAUGGUGAACAUCAAAUCCUGCCCGGUUCUUAUGUGGCUUUGCGCCAGCUUUUCGUUUGCAAUGGCUCUGUCCCUCGUGCUCGAUCACUGA